AUGACUAAAGAGCAGUAUCGUGAAUCAGAUUUGGCACGUAAAGUAAGUCGGGUGCAGUUUACAGCUGGAGAUGCUGAGUCAAUGAAACAAGCUGCUCAUACUCCAGUCUUUAAUAGUAAAUUGUAUGACGAAAACCCUGGUCAUUGGAUUCCAGUCAAAUAUGGACCACUCGACCCGCGCUUGGGUACUUGUCAGAAGCACAUAGACUGUCAAACAUGUAAGCAAAACUUGGUCGACUGCGUUGGUCAUUUUGGUUACAUAGAUCUUGCAAAGCCUGUUUUUCAUGUCGGUUUUUUCCGAUUAACAAUACAAAUGUUGCAGUGUAUUUGUAAAUUUUGUUCUGCAAUGCUGAUUAAUGAUGAGCAAAAAAAAGCAUUUCUUCGUCAAGUGAACAACCCAAACAUGGAUUAUUUACGACGAAAAGCACUUCAUAAGCGUAUUGUGGCUGUAAGUAGAAAAAUAAACGUUUGUAGUAGAUGUGGACGUAAAAAUGGUGUUGUGAAAAAAGCUGUUGGUGCUGUACUGAAAAUAGCACAUGCUGAGAUGAUUUCUGCAGAAGAUUAUUCUAAAUAUUUUUAUGCAGCAGAAGAAGAUAAAGAAUUGCAACAUUUGUUGUCGAAAGCUAAAUAUACUCUCUUGGAUCCUCUCCAAGUGCAGAUUAUCUUUAGUAAAGUGGAAAAAGAGGAUAUUCCACUUUUAAUGGUACGUUCAGCCGAUGUACCGAAACAUCCAACAGAUGUCAUUUUAACGAGACUCCCAGUUCCUCCAUGCUGUAUUCGACCAUCCGUAGUAUCUGAAGUAAAGUCCGGCACAACUGAGGAUGACAUUACUAUGAAACUCUCUGAAAUAAUGUUAAUCAAUGAUGUUAUAAAAAAACACAAGAACGAGAAGUCACCAGUUAAAACUUUUUCGGAAACUUGGGAACAUUUGCAGGUACAAUGUGCUUUGUAUAUAAAUAGUGAACUCAGUGGAUUGCCACCUGAUAUGCAACCUAAACGAGCAACGCGAGGAUUCACUCAGCGGUUGAAAGGAAAACAAGGCAGGUUUAGAGGAAAUCUUUCUGGAAAACGAGUUGACUUCUCAGGAAGAACGGUUAUAUCGCCGGAUCCAAAUUUAAAAAUUGAUGAAAUUGGAGUACCUGUACAUAUUGCAAAGAUUCUCACAUUUCCAGAAAUUGUGAAUACAACAAAUAUGGAAAGAAUGCAUAAAUUAAUUUUGAAUGGAGCUGAUACUCAUCCUGGAGCUAAUCAUAUUAUAGAACGAAAUACUGGCAAUAAACGAUUUUUAAGGUACGGCAACCGUGAAACUAUUGCUUCACAGUUAAAAGUAGGAGAUACCGUCGAGCGUCAUUUGGAUGACAACGACAUCGUUCUUUUCAACCGACAACCAUCUUUACAUAAAAUUUCAAUCAUGUCUCAUCGUGCGAGAAUCGUUCCUGGACGGACAUUUAGAUUCAAUGAAUGCGCAUGUACUCCAUACAAUGCUGAUUUUGAUGGGGAUGAGAUGAACUUACAUGUUCCACAAACGUAUGAGGCACGUGCUGAAGCUUCUUUAUUGAUGGGUGUUAAGAGCAAUCUAGUCACACCAAGGUCAGGAGAGCCACUCAUUGCUGCUAUACAGGACUUCAUCACCGGAGGUUAUCUCUUAACUCACAAAGACAGUUUUUUUCCCCGUUCAGAAGUGCAUCGUUUUGCAGCUGCUAUCAUAGAUGCAGCUGCAAAGAAGCAGAGCAAGAUCAGAAUACCUCCUCCGGCAGUCUUGAAGCCAGCAGAACUUUGGACCGGGAAACAGUUAGUAGAACUCAUUAUAAGACCAGAAAUGGAUUCGAAAAUCAAGCUAAAUCUGACUACAAAGAAUAAAAGUUAUACCAAGAACGAAGAGUUUUGUGUUAAGGAUUCCUAUGUAAUUAUUAGAAACAGUGUUUUGAUAUGUGGAGUACUAGACAAAGCUUUGUUGGGAUCAGGCAGUAAAACAAACAUAUUUUACAUACUUUUACGUGAUUUUGGUGAAAAUGCAGCUAUAGAUGCAAUGUGGCGACUGGCUCGAAUAGCACCCGUAUUUCUUAGUAAUCGGGGAUUUUCUAUCGGAAUAGGUGAUGUGAGGCCAGGCGAUUCUUUAUUGAAAGAAAAAGCAGAAUUGUUAAGAAGAGGUUAUAAAGUCUGUGAUGAGUAUAUUCAAAGUCUAAAAGAAGGGCGAUUAAAAGCUCAGCCGGGUUGCACAGAACAUGAAACGCUAGAAGCAUUGAUAUUAAAAGAACUUUCUGCUAUUCGAGAUCAUGCUGGUCAAGCUUGUCUGCGAAAUUUAUCGAGACAUAAUGCACCGCUUACCAUGGCGGUUUGUGGCUCGAAGGGUUCAUUCAUUAAUAUUUCACAGAUGAUCGCAUGUGUAGGCCAGCAAGCUAUUUCUGGACACAGGCCUCCUGAUGGUUUUGAGGAUCGUUCUUUGCCACAUUUCGAAAGGCGUCAAAAAACACCUGCUGCAAAGGGUUUCGUGGAGAACAGUUUUUAUUCGGGUUUAACACCUACAGAAUUUUUCUUCCAUACAAUGGGUGGCCGUGAAGGUCUUGUUGAUACUGCAGUAAAAACUGCUGAAACUGGGUAUAUGCAAAGGCGCUUAGUAAAAUGUCUUGAAGAUCUCUGUGUGAAUUACGAUGGUACAGUUCGUUCAUCCGUUGGUGAUAUAGUUGAAUUCACAUUUGGUGAGGAUGGUUUAGAUCCCGCAUUAAUGGAAUCAAAGGAUGGUGGCGUAGUGGACUUCAAACAUGUUCUUGAGCAUAUUCGAAACACAGUUCCGCAUGUAAUAGAACAGAAAGAAUUGGAAACUGAAGAGCUGCAGAAUUUGGUAAUGGAUGCGAUCGAUUUGAACAUUAAUAAAAAGAACUUAAUGUUCCGAGAACAGCUUCAGUCUUUUAUAAAUGAGUACAUAAAGAAGACAGAAAAAUAUUACAAGCUUUCGAAAAGAUGCACCAAACAUGAACGGCUAGCAUCGAAAAGCCAGUGUAAGAACUGCACGAAUCAAAAUUUUUUUCGCCAAACUCAAAUUAAAUGUCAUUGCUUGUCGCAUGAACAAGCUUUGGCUUUCGUUGAACUUUGUGCGAAGAAAUUAAAACGAGCUAUAUGUGAACCUGGUACAGCAGUAGGUGCUAUCGCAGCCACAAGUAUAGGUGAACCAUCAACACAAAUGACGUUAAAAACUUUUCAUUUUGCUGGUGUCGCUUCAAUGAAUAUUACCCAGGGCGUACCGCGAAUUAAGGAAAUUAUUAAUGGUGUGAAGUUGAUAUCAACUCCAAUAAUUACAGCUGCGUUAACAAAUGAUAAAGAUGAGGAUUUAGCACGAAAAGUAAAGGCAAGAAUUGAGAAAACAAUGCUUGGAGAAAUUUGUGAUUACAUUGAAGAAGUUUAUCUACCAGACGAUUGCUUCAUUUUGUUGAAGGUCAAUGCAAAGCGUGUACGACUUCUUCAACUCGAAAUAACAAUGUCCUCAAUUGCACAUUCUAUUUGUGCUUCGAAGUUGCCAGUUCCAGUAAAGAUAUCUCAAAUCAGAAUUUUGGGAAAGUCAAUCAUGACUAUUCGUCCUCCAGAAGUCGCUAAAUGCUCUAAAAUGAUGGCUGUUCAGUACUUAAAGUACAACAUCGAUAAUGUUAUAGUGAAAGGUCUUCCCAACGUUAAACGAUGUGUCAUUCAUGCGGACGAAAAAAAAGGAGAUUCAUAUAAGUUGAUUGUUGAGGGUACGGAUUAUCGUGAUGUUAUGGCUACAGUUGGUGUAGAUGGUUGUCGAACAUAUUUCAAUAACGCUCUUACUGUUGCUGAGGUUCUUGGUAUCGAAGCAGCUCGUUCUUCUAUCAUAUCGGAGAUAUUAGCUACAAUGGCCUCACACGGAAUUGACCUUGAUAGGCGCCAUGUGAUGCUGUUGGCGGAUUUAAUGACUUAUAGAGGUGAAGUGCUGGGGAUUACAAGGAAUGGUUUGGUUAAGAUGAAAGAAUCGGUGCUACUCCUAGCUUCAUUCGAGAAAACUGCAGACCAUUUGUUUGAAGCGGCAUUUUUCUCCCAAGAGGAUAAAAUAAUUGGUGUAAGCGAGUGCAUUAUUCUUGGCACCCCAAUGACGAUUGGCACUGGUUUAUUCAAACUACUUUACGACCAUCCUAGGAAACCAAAGGUGGAUAAAUUAACCCCUAUUUUCAGCUCACCAGAAUUUAAUCUUGACUUAUGA